GGCGUUCCAGACAUCCUUAAAAACAAAAGAAGAACAGUGUUGCCGUGCGACGAUGCUGUACUCUAUUUAUCACAUGCGAGGCUUAAAUUCUCUUUAUUUGUGUUAGCUACCCAUAUUUCAGUCUACCUUUCUGCGAUUUUUUGUCCACAUUCAUUAUUCAACAGUGCAGCAAUGCCUCUCUUUGACGCAAUGUACUGUGCCCAGCAAAUCAGCAUCCCUCCUGAACUGCCUGAAAUCCUUAAAAACUUCACUAAGGCAGCCAUUCGAACACAGCCCAAGGAUUUGCUGCUGUGGUCUGCAGCAUACUUCAGUGCACUGUCUAAAGGAGAGUGUUUGCCUAUCAAAGACAAGUUGGAGAUGAAUGUUGCCACCCAGAAGACAGACACUGGGCUGACUCCAGGUUUACUUAAGACUCUCCACAAACAGCUGUCCCCCAGGCAAACAUGCAGCAAGGAGGAAUUGCAGAGGAAAUGGAAGGGUCUAUGUCUACCAAUGGAUCAGCUGGAGACCCUGCUAUCACUGGGCUGCUUCAGUUCAGAAAUUUACUGGAUGGAGUUUUUUGCCCUGGGCUGCAGUGCUCUGGGAGGGACCCUCAUGAGUUCUCUGAAGUUUGCCUGUGAGAUCCUGACAGAGGAUGAGGAGGGUGGUGCCAUGAGGAUCCCAUUCGACACCUUUGUCAAACUUUACACUUAUCUGGCUCACCUGGAUGGGGACAUGCCACAGGACCACAUUGACAACUUCCUAAGGAGCCUGCAGCCACAAAUAGUAGAGCUGUUGGUGGCACUGAUGCACUGGUGUCUCUGCCCGUCAGCAACAAGCAGAAUGGCAUGAUUCAAGUUUCCAACUUCUAACAUCAGCCAGAAGUGAGGGAAGGAGAGACGGUAAGCAAUGGAAGACAGGAAGGAAGGAACAGAAGGGAAAUAAAUGACAGUGUUCAAUUAAUAAA